AUGAAAAAGAGAUUUCACAUCAAUCUGGAGGAUUCUGUUUUCACCAAAGAAAGAACACCGCCAAAGCCUCAGUUUCAGUCCACAUCUCAAGAACAACUAAACACUUCGGCUCCCAAGCCAUCUGACCAGCCUCUCUCCUACGCAGAGUACAUUGUGCACAGUAAGAGAAAUGUGGCACCUGUCCCACAGAAGGAUGCCCCCUCCAAACUGCUCAGGACUGAUGGUGCUGGUGUCACCAGUCUAAGACCAGAGGAACAAGAGUCCACUUCAGCUGGAAGAUGUGAAGCAGCUCCAGACAGUGUUAAAGGGCCUGAAGCUCGACCUCAGGAGGUUAAAAUAAGUGAGGAGAGCUGUCAAAAGUCAGAUCCGAGUCUUAGCCUGGGUCCUAAGCCUGUGGGGUCCGGGAGCAGCAUUAUUGUCAGUCCACGACAGAGGGGAAAUCCUAUCCUGAAGUUUGUGAGAAGCGUGCCGUGGGAGUUUGGUGAUGUUGUACCAGACUACGUCUUGGGUCAGACAACCUGUGCGCUCUUUCUCAGUCUGAGGUACCACAACCUGAACCCAAACUAUAUCCAUGAUCGUUUGAAGCAGCUUGGCAACACAUUCACCCUACGUGUGCUGCUCGUUCAAGUGGAUGUGAAAGAUCCUCAUCACGUGUUAAAGGAGCUGGCUCGUAUUUGUAUAAUGGCUGAUUGCACCCUCAUUUUGGCUUGGAGUCCAGAAGAAGCAGGACGUUACCUGGAAACGUAUAAAUCAUAUGAAAAGAAACCCGCUGACCUCCUGAAGGAGCAAGUUGAGAAAAAUUACCUCUCAAAGGUGACAGAUUGCCUGACCACUGUGAAGUCUGUAAACAAAACGGACGCCAUUACCUUAUUGUCCACUUUCUCGUCCAUCGAGGGAAUCAUCAGUGCCUCUGUGGAAGACUUGGUACUCUGCCCAGGCCUCGGACCACAAAAGGCGAGACGACUCUACGACGUCCUCCACAAGCCUUUUCUCAAGGCAAAGACAAAAGACAGCUGAGACACCUUAUCAAGAAAAUGGGAUGUGGUUCUUGAGAGAGUUCUUUAGAGUUGGUUAUGAAAAGCAAGAAAAUGUGUAAAAUGUGGCUGUUACAGAGAAUUAGUUUGUAGUUUGUUUUUUUAACUGACCUACAAUGUGUCUUUGGAAUAAAAUAAUUUUUUCACUGGGUUUGUGCCUGAAAUAAUAAAGAUUGUUUUUAACUGUAAAAUGCAUUCUUGCAAGUAUUUGAUUGUUAAAUUGGUGUUAAAGUGGUGGUUGAAUGUCAAUGUAACCUAUGCAUUUUGUAUUUAAAUGUUGGUCCAUCUCAGUCCACCAAGAACAAAUGAUGCUGUUGUGGUAUUGAAUAGAUCUCGAUAGUUAAACUGCUCAUUAUAAAAGAACGAGGACAUACAAAGUAGGUAUAAUUAUAUGUUUACUAUUUCUUAGCACAGUGGGAAAAGAGCAAAUAUUACAAAGAACAUGCAUGAAACUAAGACGCACUGAAUUUCCCAUCACUGUCUACAGUGCUCCGUGCACACAAAAUCAAAGCCGUUAGUUGCUCAGACCGCCGGAUGCAAUUUAAUUUCGAAAAUUCCGACAAUCGCAAAGGCACCCAAACUACCGUCAAAAGAGGAAGUGUUUACGACACAUGUAGCUGGGUCUUUUGAAUUUUGCUCUUUUUUUUCUCUUUAGUAGUAUACACUGUUUCCAUAUUUACGAAUGAGGUACUUCUGAAAGAGAAAAAAUAAAGUAUCUGUGCAGCAAAACGACUUCCGACAAAUAUGCAAACAGAGAAAGAGGACGAAGAUGAUAUGUCCCCUGAAGAGUAUGUUGCUUCGUCUGACUUCACUGGAAAUGGCUCUGAGCAGCUUAGUUUGACCGUAGGGGACAGACUGCUCGUCCACGCCAAGCCCUGCUCGGAGUGGUGGUGGGCUGAGCUGCGGGGGGUCGUAGGGUACGUUCCUGCCAGCUACCUGCGCCGCGAAGCUGCCGAGGAAGAGGAGGAUAUAUCGUUGGAGGACCCGUGGCAGGACGAAGAAUACUUUGGCAGUUAUGGGACUCUGAGGCUUCACCUGGAGAUGCUGUCGGACAGGAGCCGCACUGAAACGUACCGGCAGGUCAUUCUCAGCAACAGCCCUGCCCUCAGGAACAAGGUGGUGAUGGACCUCGGAUGUGGGACCGGCAUCAUCAGCCUGUUCUGUGCCCAGCUGGCAAAGCCUUCAAUGGUGUAUGCAGUGGAAGCGAGCUCCAUGGCGGACCACACCAGGCAGCUGGUGAAGCAGAAUGGCUGUGAGGAGGUGGUGACAGUGCUCCGGGGUCGAGCUGAGGAGCUGGAGCUGCCCGAGCAGGUGGACGUCCUGGUGUCCGAGUGGAUGGGUAACUGCCUGCUGUUUGAGUUCAUGGUGGAGUCGGUCCUGGUGGCCAGAGACCGCUGGCUCAGAGACGGUGGUGUGAUGUGGCCGUCCAAUGCAGCCCUCACACUGGUUCCGUGUCAGGCCGACAGCUAUUACGCAGAGAAAAUGGCCUUCUGGGAGAGGCCUUACGGGCUGGACUUCACCCCGCUUCAGGCUUUGGCCCAGCAGGAGUUUUUUACUAAGCCAAAGUUCAGUCACCUCGUAGAACCAGAGGACUGCCUCUCUGCUCCCUGUGACGUCAUCUGUCUGGACAUGUACACUCUGCAAGUGGGAGACCUGGAGGAAAUGAAGGGCGAGUUUCAUUUUUGUGUGGAAAAGUCUGGAGUUUUCCAUGGAUUCACCGCCUGGUUCACUGUUCAUUUUGAGAGCCUGGACAGCGGAGGGGCAACAGUGGAGCUGAACACCGGACCAAACAAAGAGCCAACGCAUUGGAAGCAGACUCUGUUCAUGCUGGACAGACCGGUCAGUGUAAACGAUGGAGACUCCAUCAGUGGAACUGUUGUCCUGUGUAGAAACCCCACCUGGAGACGCCACAUGACUGUGACCCUGAACUGGAACAUCCACAGCUUUACAGAAGAUACAGAAAACUGCAGGGUUGGGAGAAAAAGUUUCCCCAUGUGGAGG